UAUAUUUCUCCAAUACACACCUGCCUCUUCCCUGACGUCAAAGAAGGAUACAUGUACAAUUUGCUUAUAUUCGAAUCGAACGGAUAAUUUAAUAAGUAAUAAUGGAUAUUGACGAGGAUUAUGACAGUGAGGAGAGUGAUUUCGACGAGCGUUCUACAGUAGAUUAUAGCUUAAUCUAUGACAUAUAGAUACAAAAAUGACAUUGACGCAACUGUGCGUAAGACUGUUCAAGUGCCCAAUAUUGAAGUUAAACUGCUUUGCAGAAGUUUAUCCACAUAGUAGUCCAGACGAGGAUUUUGAAAGUUCGUCAGAUGUAAGCACGCUCGAACUAGAUCUACCAGGUCACAGACGAUACGUAGAGCCCAAUAUGGAGGAUAUACCGGUGCCUACGGAAAACACAUUCGAUGUAACAUUACCAGCGACACAUUCUUAUUUAGGACAAAACUUAGAAGAAGUAAGAGGAAGAACAAUAUUGGAUGAUGGCAUUUAUAUGAAUCUACCAUUAUUGAUAAAACAAUCUGUAUUAUUUCCUGGUCAAACAUUACCUAUGACAGUUUUUGGCGCACAGACUAUAGAUAUGUUGCAAAAUUGUAUACAAAACGAUCGUACUUUUGGUGUUGUGUGUUAUGGUCAUCCUGAGAUGGAGCAAAUAGGAACAACUGCUGAGAUCUAUGAAUACACAGAUGGAGGUAUAUGGAUGGAUCACGGCCGACGAGAAUUUCGCUUGAAAGCUAAAGGCAGACAGCGCUUUAAGAUAUUACGUAUUAUUACACAGGAUCACAAUAAAAUUUCGGCCAAUGUUAAAGUGCUACCAGAGAUAACACUUGGGCCACCAUUUUUAAACCAACGUUUGGCCUCAUUAGAUCGCUUGAGAAUUUUUUCUAAUUCUGAAGAAGAUAUGAAAAAACAAGAGAGAGUAGAGAACUUGGAUGCUGCGGUGACUGCUUGGCCAGCUUGGGUUUAUAGACAGUACGAUCCCAUAAGACUCUCCUUUAGAAUACGUCAGCAUUUACAGUUUCUUGAAACUAGAGGUGGUAGUAUACCUAAAGACCCUAUAGAUUUAUCCUUCUGGGUUGCACAAAAUAUUCUAAUGGAUCAUGAAGAGAGACUCAUGUUAUUAAGUUACGAUUGCGCGAUUUCUCGAUUACAAAGAGAAUUAAAGUAUCUUAUGGAGGAUAAAAUCUACGUGUGCGUUAAUUGUGAAUCCUUUAUCGGAAGACAAUCGCACAUGUUUCCGAUGAAUAAGGAAGGUCCGCAGGGUACUUAUGUCAAUCCCGGUGGCGUUAUACACGAAACUAUAACUUUUUAUCAUGUUCAAGGAGUUAUGCUCAGUGAUGCAGCCCCUUCCACGGAAUACAGUUGGUUUCCGGGAUACGCUUGGACAAUAGCUAUUUGUAAAGGUUGUCAUCAUCACGUCGGUUGGAAAUUUACAGCAGUGAAUAAUAGUUUAAGACCCAAAACAUUUUGGGGCCUGACACGCAGGAGUUUGAAGAAUAAAAAGAAGAAAUAAAGAUAUAUGUUUAAUGUAUGUUGGGUGUCAUAAAUGUUUUUAUAAUUUAUUAGAUGAACGUGUACUUUUGAAAAAUGUACAAUAAUUCUCAAUCAAUUUCCGUUAUUUUAAGAUUUCUUCUCAAUUUAUAAUUUUAUUUUAAUAGCACAUAAACAGAAUGAGAAUGACUAUUUUGUUUCAUUUUUUUUAUUCUAAUGUAUCGUAACCAUGUGACAAAUACGAUUAAUAGAAGAGCAAUGCAAAAGUGAAAAUUGAGAAAAUCUUAUUUAGAAUAGAGAAAAAUCUAAAA